AUGCGUGGUACCUCUGCCACUGCUGCUGUCGUGCUCGGGGCUGUCGGUCCCGCCCUAGGCCUGAGCCCCUUGGACACGUUCUAUCCGCCUACUCUCGAUGAUACCGCAUACAUCUCCAACAGCUCAAUCGGAACUUAUGGUGGUAUCUACAAGGCUCCUACCAAUGGUCCGACCGGAGGAACUCCCUACGGCACCUAUGAUUAUUGCUCAAUGCCCCACCCUCGUACUAAGGAGUAUGAGCUUCCCGAGCCCAUCGCCAAUGGUUCCGUGAAGGGAAAGCUGGUUUACCUGGAGUAUCUGCAGCGUCACCAGAGACGCUCUCCAUAUAACAUUCUGCCCGGUGGAGAGAACCAAGCUUACCAGUGCGAUAAUGUCCGCCCAUAUCUUUACGCCGGGCCCAACAGCGAUGGUUCCACCCAACCGAUUCCGAUGUACGCUCAGACGUACCAGGAUCCCACCAACCCGUUUACUCCGGGUGUCAACGGAACCUGCCAGUACCCGCAGAUCACCAUCGGCGGUGUUCAGGAUGGGUUCCAGCAUGGCAAGGACCUCUGGGCCGUCUAUGGUAAUAAGCUCGGUAUUAUCCCCAAAAAACCCAACAACCGCGUCUGGUUCCGGUCUAGCGACUCUGCGCUCACUCAGGCUUCUGCUGGUGCGGUUCUCCGUGGUGUAUGGCCCGAUUAUGAGGGUGCUUUGCCUUUGCACCAGAUGGUAGCCUCGGUUGACACCGUCAACGAGGGCUACUCUUGCAACGCCGUCAGCUCUACGCUCAGUGAGCUUGAAUCUACUACUGAGUGGAAGGAGCACCUGACUGUCACCGCCGAUCUGCGUUCCAAGCUAGGUUCCAUGCUCGGUGCCACUUCCAGCUCGUGGCAGAAUACUUUCGACCACUUCUCCGACAACUUCCAAGCGCGCCUUUGCAAUGGCUACAACCUGCCUUGCAGUACCUCCAACUCUUCUGCGUGCGUCACUAUAGAUAUGGCCGAGGAGGUGUUCCGUGCUGGCGACUGGGAGUGGAACUACUACUGGCGCACCAAUGAGUACGCUCAAAAGUACAUUCAGGUCGUCGAGGGUCUGUUCAUUGGUGAGAUUGUCACUCGUCUUCGGUCUGUCCUGAACGGAGACUCUAGCCUUGACUACACUCACAUCUUCAUUCACGAUGGUGACAUUGGCCCUAUUCUGGGUGCUCUGGGUAUCAACGCUCUCCGUUGGCCUGCGAUGGCUUCUAACAUUGCCUUUGAAAUCUGGGAGACUGAGGGCAAGAACAAAGAACUUUAUGCGCGGGUCCUCUACAGUGGACAGCCCGUUCAGACUAUUCACGGGACUUUGGAGUGGCUGUCUCUCUCAAGCCUCAUUGACAUCCUGACACCUUAUGUUCCCGAGGACAUCACCACCCUUUGUGGUUGA